CCUGCUGUCAGCGCUCAUGUGGACACCGGAAAUACGACAUGUUGCUUCCCGGAAACACGCGGGCUAGUGGCGCGAAAUCUCAGGACCCGCACUGGUGAAGAUGAGCAAGCGGAGGUCAGCGGCUCUCACUGGAGCUCAGGGCGUCUCUCUGGCUCAGAAGCUCCUGCGGGAGAGACUGUGUCAUCAGAAGCUGCCGGAUCAGCCUGUGGGUCUGGACUCCCAGUACAAGCACUUGCUGGAGCUGCUGAGACGUACAGCUGUUCAUGGAGAGAGUAACUCGGUCCUCAUUGUUGGUCCACGAGGAUCCGGUAAAACUAUGCUGCUGGGUUGUGUCCUCCGAGAGCUCAUGAGUCUGAGGGAAGCGCAGAAGAAUGUUCUCCUGGUGGAGCUCAACGGUCUUCUGCAGACAGACGACAAAAUCGCUCUGAAAGAAAUCACUCGCCAGCUGCACCUGGAGAACGUCGUAGGAGACAAAGUCUUUGGGAGCUUUGCAGAGAAUCUGGCUUUUCUCUUAGAAGCUCUCAAGAAAGGUGAGGCUCCGUCAAAAUUAUGUGAAGAUAAGACGGUUGAGGAGAUUUUGAGGAGGAACUUUAAUGGCAGUAAAGAUUUCCGCUCUCUGCAUUCGCUGCUGUUUCUGGCUGUCAGUCGAGUGUCGGUCUCUACUUCGACUCUUCGUGAGGCUGAUCUUAUCGAGGCCUGUCGCUUGAUUUCUGCUGAUUCCAAAGCAAACGUCCUUCACGGUCUGUCUAUUCUAGAGCUGUGUUUGAUUAUUGCCAUGAAGCAUCUGAAUGACACUUAUGACGGAGAACCCUUCAAUUUCCAGAUGGUCCAUAAUGAGUUUAAGAAGUUCAUUCAGAGGAAGUCUCACUCCAUCCAUAAGUUUGAGAAGCCCGUGGUGAUGAAGGUCAGUUGGAGCCGCUCUCUUUUUCAUGCAUUUUCUUAA